UUGAUGCCGUGUCGCGGUCACUGUGGUUACCCAGUUACUCACUUCUGGAGACAUUGCAACGGGUUGGUCUAUUUCCAAGCCAAGGGUGUUCAUGAUCAUCCAAAACCGGAAGUAAAAACGACCGCUGAAGCCAGGCGACACCUCCAUAAUAGCAACCGUGGCCGAUUUUACGCUCAAAAUAAACUUCGUCGCCAAAGAAAACGUUCUUCCCGCUGCCUAAGUCCAGUUCAAGACCACCUUCCCAAAUCACCAAGGCUGACCCUCUCAGAAAAGGAGUUCCUUUGCUCAUGUCCACCAUUUGAAUGCACCUGUUCUGCUCCCAUGACAACGGCUUUUGACCUCACCGCAACAAAUCUGGGUCCAGCGUGGACGAUACCGACGUCCGGCGGAACGAGGGACGUCAAUCAAGUUGCAUCACUUCCACAGAUUUCUACGGAAGCCGAGUCGACUGGAGCCCAUCAUGCCAGUUGUAUGGGGCAACAGCAACAGCACAUGAGUUAUUUUUCGACCCCAAAUGACCGGGGCCUCAGUGGAUUUGUAGAUCACAUUCCAUCUUUCCCUGAUCCCCAAGCUUCCGGGGAAUAUGUUACAUUCAGUGGUGCACAUGUCUAUGGGAAUUCCUCAGAUUUGUUUCUUCCCCUUGAUUCCUUGUCCAGUUUAUCAUCUGGUAUGUCGGCACACAACAACAUCACCCGCUGCAGCAAUUCCAACACCUUCAACCGCUCUUGGUUCAAUCAUACGAAAGACCACGGGUCAUCAGAGUAUGCAGGUCACGGCGCCAUUUACAAUUCUUCACAUCAGUCUAGAGUGUCUGCCUUCAAACAGGAGCCCACUGACGCCGGUCACUUUACUCACUCUGCACCAGACUGCUUGAGCGACAUUUUCUCAUCUAGUCCUUCCUGUGAGGUGAACAAGUUGCCUAAAUCUGAACCUCACUCGGAUUUUCAGGACUACGACUCCAAUGCCAUUUCACGAAGUCUGCCAAUGUUCAGUCCUAUAAAGGAAGGAAGUCUGCAAGGAGAAUACGGCCAUUCCACGCCCGUGUACAGCAGUCCAGAUUACAUGGGCUCUAGACAACCAAGUCCCGCCGGAUCCGUCCAUUCGUAUCGAUCGUCCCCUGUCAUGAGACAAAUGUCAACCACGCCAACAGGCUCCGACCAUUCCUCUCCUUCACCCUGCUUCACCGAGUUACAGCCAAUUUUCCAGUGCUGGUAACCCACUGGGGAGACCUCCCCAGCUGCAGAGAAAACCGUCAACCAAGUUUCCUGGAAAACCUGACAUCGUCCACGAGAACUGUGAAUACAUGCAUUCCCAGUUAUCAUACUGGCCUGUUCUCAGAGCCACAGGUAAUGGAUAACAAAAGCAACCCAAUUUUAUCACUGUACUCGGGCAAUUUCGAUUCUCCAGCGAUGUUUCCAAGCUUAUCAUAUAACAUGGCUUCGGAAACAGCGCCUCCUUCCGGGAAAUUCAGGCAUCAGAAGUGUCUACCUCCGACCAUGGUCAAUACAAUGUUUUUUCUAGCAGCGCCCCCUCGGGAAGCUCAACAGAUUGCGUCCCUUUAGCCCAAACCAUUCACAACAACAAUAUUCACUGUAUAAAUAUUACCUUAGCGUAGAGCUGCACAAAUUGACUUUUACACACGCAUGUAUACUAGUAUAUAGGGUUGCACAAACCGUCCUCAGAUAAAAAGUGCCAUUAUUUUACAUGUCAAAUGGAAUGUUGACGAAAUAUCAUUGUAAUUUUUGUUAUAUAUAUAUAUAUGUAUACUUGUAAAUUUACAUGCCAAUGAUGUUUAUUGUCUUCCAAUUUAAAUAUUUUAAAGAUUUGAUUAUGCAUUUUUGCCUUUAUAACUUACAUUACAAUUUACAUGGUGGCAUUUUCGGAGACAACUGAAAACAACUUUUUUUAAUUUGUAAUUCCUAUGUUUCGUAAUUGAUCUCUGUGACGAUGAACUUUACAGGUUUACGAAAAGUCGGCAUGUGCUUCUAAAUAAUUCUAACGAUAUCAUCAAACUGGCCGGUGAGCGUGCAAAAGUUUAGUAUA